AUGGCGCGUGCCAAGGAUGCCAGCAUCAAGUCAACACCAUCAACACAAAAGGCAGCACCUUCCAGCACGGCCAAAUCAAGCUCCAAACAGCAGAGCAUUGCCGGCUUCUUCACAAAGCGCCCAACGCCUGCUGCAUCAAGCAGCAAGCCUACCAAGCGUGUAGCUGAUGAUGGCGACGGGAAAGUGCCGCGUAGCAGCGCCGAUGCCUCCAGCAACAUAGCUUCCAGUCCGCAGACAGUCUUAGGGGCGUCCCAGCGGAGCUCCAUCAUCGAUGGACGCAACAAGGAGAACGAAACGCCAGGCACGGCAUAUUCUAGCCCUUCUCGAAAGGCCAAGAAGCCAGUCAGCUAUGCCGAAUCCGAUGAAGACGAAGAUGAAGGUCUUAAGCCAUCAUCUGGCAACAGACGUGCUUCGAAGAGACGUAGAAUCAGUGUCAAAGAUGAUGACUCGGACGAUGAGUUUGGUCUCGAUGCAGGUACUCAAGCCGCAAUGCUGGAAAGUGACCAAGACAUGGACGACUUCGUGGUAGACGACGAUCUGGAGGACGAUGUGAAGCCAUCCAAGUCCAAGAAGCGAUCUAAUGCAUCAACUUCAGGCAAAGCAUCGAGCAGAAGCUCCAUAAGGCCUUCUUCUCCCCCAGCACCACUACCAAAGGAGGAGACCGAGGAGAUACCAGUCUCCGGAACGACGACACUACAGUGGCAUUUCGAUCCGGAUGCUCCGCCGUCGUCAGAGCCACGACGAAGCGCUCCUCCCAAGCGGUCAACCACCAGUUCCAAUGGACCACCCAAGAAGCAGAAAGCUCAUACGACAGAGCCAUCUGAGCGAUAUCCUUGGCUAGCUUCGGUGCAGGAUGCGGAUAGGAACCCACCUGAUCAUCCGGACUACGACAAGCGUACCAUUUUUGUUCCUCCAAUGGCCUGGAAUAACUUUUCACCAUUCGAGAAGCAGUACUGGGAGAUCAAGCAGAAAUUUUGGGACACGAUUGUGUUCUUCAAGAAGGGCAAGUUCUACGAGCUGUAUGAGAACGAUGCGACCAUCGGCCAUCAACUGUUCGAUCUUAAAUUGACUGAUAGAGUCAAUAUGCGGAUGGUCGGUGUUCCCGAAGCCAGUCUUGACCAUUGGGCCAACAUGUUUGUUGCGAAAGGCUACAAGAUCGCGCGUGUUGACCAGAUGGAGUCGGCCCUCGGCAAGGACAUGCGUGAGCGAAACAUCAAGGGCAAGAAGGAAGAGAAAGUCAUCCGAAGAGAGCUUGCGUCGGUACUGACCAGUGGGACUUUGGUGGAAGGCAGCAUGCUUCAAGACGAUAUGGCCACGUACUGUGCUGCGAUCAAGGAAUCGGAGCUGGAUGGCAAGCCGCACUUCGGCAUUGCGUUCGUUGACACGGCCACCGCACAAUUUCAACUGACGGAGAUUAUCGACGAUGCUGACAUGACCAAGUUUGAGACGUUUGUCGCCCAAACCAGACCUGGCGAGAUUCUGCUUGAGAAAGGCUGUGUGUCUGCCAAGGCACUUCGCAUGUUGAAGAACAACACUCCGCCGACGACAAUCUGGAAUUAUCUUAAACCGGACAAGGAGUUCUUGUCCGCCGACAAGACCCGCAUGAAGAUCGACGGCGAAGCCUACUUCGACAAGUCAGUUGAAGACAACCUCAGUGCAUGGCCCGCGGUACUGCAAGAGGCCAAGGAGAAGGAGAUAGUAUUCUCUGCCCUGGGCGGCCUUAUCUGGUAUUUGAGCACUCUGAAGAUCGAGCGUGACCUGGUCACUUUGGGCAACUUUGCCUGGUACGAUCCCAUUCGAAAAGCAUCAAGCUUGGUUCUGGACGGCCAAAGCCUGAUCAACCUGGAGAUCUUCGCAAACACGUUCGAUGGAAGCACUCAGGGCACACUCUUCACGAUGCUCAACCGUUGCGUGACACCUUUCGGCAAACGCAUGCUGAGACAGUGGGUGUGCCAUCCAUCGGCAGACGCCAGGAAGAUCAACCAGCGUUUCGAUGCCGUUGAAGCUCUGAAUGCAGAUGGCACUGUCAUGGAUCGAUUCUGCGCGUCGCUUUCCCGACUGCCUGACCUCGAGCGAUUGAUCUCACGCGUACACGCUGGUCAAUGUAGGCCACAGGAUUUCGUCAAAGUCCUCGAGGGUUUCGAGCAGAUCGAGUACACCAUGUCACUCCUGGGCUCAUUCGGUUCUGGCGAAGGACUACUAGGCCAGCUCAUCUCAUCUAUGCCCGAUCUCGCUGGUGCUUUGAACACCUGGAAGGAUGCUUUUGACAGAACCCAGGCAAAAGAGGACGGUCUGUUCAUUCCACAACCCGGCGUCGAGGAGGACUUUGACGAGAGCCAGCAACGUAUUGACGGCAUCGAGAAAGACCUUCAGAAGCUUCUACAAAAGGCACGGAAGGACCUUGGCUCUAGCACGAUCAAAUUCACCGACAACGGCAAGGAGAUCUACCAGCUGGAGGUACCGCUGAAAGUCGGAGGCAAGGUACCGAAGCACUGGAAGCAAAUGUCUGCAACCAAACAAGUCAAGCGCUGGUACUUCCCAGAGCUCGAGGGACUCGUGCAAGACCUCAAAGAAGCGCAAGAGAUGCACGGCCAGGUAAUCAAAGCUCUGGCCGGUCGCUUCUUCGCGCGAUUCGACGCUGAUUACCAGAUCUGGCUGGCGGCAGCUAAGAUUAUCGCUCAGCUCGACUGUCUGAUCUCUCUCGCCAAAGCAUCUGCGUCAAUGGGGUCGCCUUCGUGCAGACCUGAGUUUUUGGAGGAUGACAAUGCACGCAGCGUUCUGGAGUUCCAGACUCUGCGCCACCCUUGUAUUGAGACCACAACCAACUUCAUCCCGAACGACAUCGGCCUAGGCGGCGACGCAGCCUCCAUUACGUUGCUCACGGGAGCCAAUGCGGCCGGAAAAUCAACAGUCCUACGCAUGACCUGUGUCGCAGUCAUCCUCGCGCAGAUCGGCUGCUACGUCCCUUGCGAAUCUGCACGCAUGACGCCCGUCGACCGCAUCAUGUCCCGUCUCGGCGCGCACGACAACAUCUUCGCCGGCCAAAGCACUUUCAUGGUCGAACUCAGCGAGACGAAGAAGAUCCUGGCCGAAGCAACGCCACGCUCCCUGGUCAUCCUCGACGAACUGGGUCGUGGCACCAGCAGCUACGACGGUGUCGCGGUCGCUCAAGCAGUCCUUCAUCAUGUCGCUACCCACGUCGGCGCCUUGGGUUACUUCGCAACCCAUUACCACUCCCUCGCCGCGGAAUUCCAACAUCACCCCGAGAUCGUCGCGAAGCGCAUGGCAGUGCAAGUCGAUGACGACCGCCGCGAUGUCACGUUCCUGUAUCAACUAGAGAAUGGUGUUGCGGAAGGUAGUUAUGGCAUGCAUUGCGCUGCGAUGUGUGGCAUCCCGAACAAGGUCAUCGACCGCGCUGAGGAAGCUGCGCAGAACUGGGAGCAUACGGGCAGGAUUCACGAGAGUCUGCAGAAGGCGCAGGAGAGUAGUUGGUUGCCAUUAGGAUUGCUGAGUGAUAUUAGCUGGGUGCUGAAGGAUGGAGAGGAAGAGGAGGGUGUUGCGGAGAAUGGGCUGGAGGUGUUGAGGAAGGCUAUUGCUGCAUUGUGA